AUGCAAUCGACCGGGGAACUGCUCAAAGACUCGGUCUACGGUCUCGCGAAACCGCCCGUCCGCACGCGCACCAAACCCAUGCAGGUGCUCUGCGUCGGCCUACCGCGGUCCGCAACCGAAAGUCUCAGCGUGGCGCUGCGCAAACUCGGCCACACGCCCUACCACGGGUGGGAUAUCGUGUUCGAGGAGCACGGCGGCUACAUCGAGGGGUGGGCGAAGCUCGUGCGGCGGAAAUACAACGGCGCGGCGGACGGGGAGUCGAACGUGACGCGCGCGGACUUUGACGCGCUGCUGGGCCACUGCGACGUGGUCGUGGAUACGGCGGCGUCGUUCUUCACGGCGGAGCUGGUGGCGGCGUAUCCGGAGGCGAAGGUGAUUCUGAACACGCGACGCGACCUGGAGGCGUGGCAGCGCAGCUGUGUCAAGACGCUGCUGGUGGAGGUCGAGGAUAGUUGGUUCCUGUGGGUGUUUCGCUUCUUCAGCUCGGAUCUCUUCUGGCUGUGGGAGUUAUAUGUCACGCAUGGGUAUCCGGGUCUGUUCCGCAGCCCGUGGCCGAGCUCGGUGCGCGCCGGCGUGACGAAGAAUGGGAAAUGGGUGUAUCGCGAGCACUGUGCGAUGGUGAGGGGAUUGGUGCCCCAGGAGCGGCUGUUGGAAUGGAGCGUGGAGGAUGGAUGGGGGCCGCUGUGUGAAUUUCUACAGAAGGAUGUACCGUCCGAGCCAUUCCCCAGGACCAACGACCCAACCGCGUUUGCCAACAAUGUCGACAAGGUGCUGAAGCCGCGCUACAUGCGGGCAUUCCGCAACUUUGUCUUGGUCACGAGCUCGACGGCGGUGCUGGCGACAGCCCUGGUGCUGGGAUACAGAGAACGAGGCAUGCCAUGGCGAGCGUUUGCGUCUAUUCGAGAAACACUACUGGCUGGAUGGACCGGACUCGCGCGAUGA